AUGCCUUCACAGAAAUUAAAGCCCAGUUUCCGCAAGGUUCAAAGCUUCAAGACCGAUUAUGCACCCUGCACAAUCACUCAAUAUGUCUCCGAACGGAGUGGCAUGCAGGUUGUUGUAGCUGAUCGCAAGGGACCAAAGAUCAAUGGCUACUUCACCCUCGCCACUGAAAUUUUCGACGAUUCCGGCGCCCCCCAUACCCUUGAGCAUCUAAUUUUCAUGGGCUCCAAGAAUUAUCAGUGGAAGGGUCUUCUGGACAAGCUAUCUUCGCGAGCAUACUCUAGCACGAAUGCCUGGACUGCCACCGAUCACACAGCCUACACCCUUGAGACGGCUGGCUGGGACGGCUUUGCUCAGAUCCUCCCCGUCUACUUGGAGCAUGUCAUUCUACCUACUAUUACCGAUGAUGGUAUUGUCACCGAGGUUUGGCAUAUCGAUGGAGAGGGAAAUGAUGCAGGUGUUGUAUACUCGGAAAUGCAGGCGGUUGAGAAUCGCAGCGCCGAAGUCAUGGAUCUGAAAGCCCGCCGGCUUUUAUAUCCAGAAAAUGUCGGUUUUCGGUACGAAACAGGCGGCAUGACAGAAGCUCUGCGAGUCCUCACGCCUGAGCGCAUUCGUCAAUUCCACCGGGACAUGUACCAGCCGCGCAACUUGUGUGUUGUUAUUGUUGGCGAAGCGGAUCACGAGAAUCUUCUGGAAAUCCUGGAUACAUUUGAAGAAAGCAUCAAGGAUGAUAUUCCUGCUCUUGAUACACCAUUCAAGAGGCCUUGGACGGACUCAGCUCAGCCGCCUGUCCUCAAAGAGAGCAUUGUCACGACGGCAGAGUUCCCAGAGGAGGACGAGUCCGUUGGUGAAAUUCUCAUUGGCUUUUUCGGCCCUCAUUGUACCGAUGUUCUUGCCACGUCGGCUCUCAACAUUCUUCUUACGUAUCUUUGUGGCUCAUCUGUCUCUGUAUUGGAAAAUACGCUUGUUGAACGGGAGGAACUUGCAAGCUCUGUAUCGUACUGGUGGGAAUCAAGACCGAACUCACUCAUCUGGCUACAGCCUACUGGUGUGGCAACGGAAAAGCUGGCCUUUGUGGAGAAUCGUCUAUUCGAGGUCUUGAAGGACGUCGUGUCAAAGCCCUUGGAUAUGGAAUACAUGAGAGAGUGCCUCCGAAGAGAGAAGCGACAGGUCAAGUAUCAUGCUGAGACAUCAGAGUCCUUCUACUCUACAAACAUUAUAACCGACUACCUCUUUGGAAAGCGUGAUGGUUCAACACUCAAGGAUCUGGAGACGUUGGCAGAGUAUGAUGUUCUUGAAAAAUGGUCGGAUGAGCAGUGGCGAGCUUUCAUGAAGGAGUGGAUGUCCGAUGCUCACCACAUCUCCAUAUUGGGCAAGCCAUCUCUGGAAUUGGCCACCAAGAUCAAGAGUGACCACGAAGCUCGCAUCGCCAAGCGCAAAGAGGAACUCGGGGCAGAUGGACUGCAAAAGCUCGCGCAAAGACUCGAAGAGGCCAAAAGCAAAAACGAUGCGCCAAUCCCGCCCGAGGUUAUUGAUCGCUGGGCUGUUCCCGGCACAGAGUCUAUUCACUUCAUAGAAUCUGAUACUGCUCGCUCCGGCAAUGCUAAGUCUGUUGGCCUGGGUCCCGGCAGGGCACAAGAGCUCAUCAAUGCUGCUUCGGAUGGCAAACUGCCGCUUUUCAUUCAGUUCGAGGAUGUACCCACAAACUUUGUCCACAUCACUAUUCACGUUGGCACAGCUCAAGUCCCUGUCCACCUCAAGCCACUCAUGGCAAUUUUUAGCGAUAAUUUCUUCAACACCCAUAUCAUACGAGAUGGGCAGCAGAUCAACUUUGAGCAAGUCGUCAUGGAGCUCGAGAGAGACAGCGUUGGCUACGAUAUUGGAAGCUCCCGACAGCUUGGCGACACAGAAGGAUACAUGGUUCAAUUCCAGGCGGAGCCCGAAAAGUAUGAUGCAGCCGUAAACUGGCUUCGUACCAUGAUGUUCGACUCCGUCUUUGACCCCGUCCGGAUCAAGGCUGCUGUUAUGAAGGCCUUGGCUGACAUCCCAGAGUCGAAACGUGACGGGCGCAGCAUGGCCGCUGAGGUGGACACAGCUAUUCAUAUGGAAAAGUCUACUCUUACCGUUGCCAGACGUGUUGUUGUCAAGGCAGUCUAUCUCAAGCGUCUCAAGAAGCUUUUGAAGAAGAAUCCCGACCAGGUUGUGGGGUGGUUCAACGAAAUCCGUAACUCUCUUUUCACAUUUGAGAAUAUGAGAGUCCUUGUCACGGCAGACUUGCAAAAGCUCCCCAACCCCAUCGCCACUUGGGAUGCACUCUCAACAGCGCUGAAGUCACAAAAUGGAUCUAUGGCUCCUAUUCCAAAGCCAUCGAGUCUUUUGAACGCCGAAGGAAAAGCCCCCGGUUCUGUGGGCGUCACCAUCGUCCCCAUGACAGCUCUUGACAGCUCUUUCUCCGUCAGCACUGCUCCUGGCCUCUCUUCGUUUUCAGAUCCCAGGCUGCCCGCCAUUGUAGUAGCAGUAGGAUAUCUCGAGACGGUAGAGGGACCGCUGUGGAAUGCCGUUCGUGGUGCCGGAUACGCCUACGGAACCUUCUUCACGCGCAAUGUUGAGAGUGGAGUCGUAUCCUUUAAAGUGUACCGCUCUCCGGACGCGUCCAAGGCCAUUAUUGCUUCACGGGAUGCUAUUCAGAAGAUUGCCAACGCCGACGUGCCAAUCGACAGGCACCUCCUCGAAGGCACCAUCAGCCAACUUGUGGUGGGCUUCGCAGAUGAGCAGUCCACUAUGCCUAGUGCUGCCCAGCAGAAUUUCGUCCAGAGCGUUUUCAAGGAGCUGCCCAAGGAUUGGAACAAGGUUAUUCUGAAGCGUGUUAGGGAAGUAACUGAGGACGAGAUUCGUCAAGCGCUCAAGGAUUUCAUCAUGCCCUGCUUUGAGCCGGGUAAGAGCAACAUCGUGAUUACGUGCGCUAAGCUGAUGCAAGAGGGUAUGGAAACUGCCUUCAAGGGAAUGGGCUACAAGGUUCAGACUCAUGAGCUAAGCCACUUCCACGAUGACUAUGGCUUAGAUACUGGUGAGGACGAAGACGAGGAUGAGGACGACGACGAAGAAGAUGAUGGAUUCGACGAUGAAGAGGGGAGCGAGGAGGACGAGGAUGAGGAUGAGGACUAG